ACAAAAAUCCCACUCAGAGAGUAGGGUGCGUCAGCCUUUCUGAAAAUAAUGUAUCGUCGUCGUCUUCGUGCACUUUACACCAAGUAAUCGUCGCCGCUGUCGCUAAUUUUAUUUCGCCGCCGUCACUCACAUCUCUAUUCUCUAUCUACCUACAUUUUUGCAAUAAAAAAAAACCAACUGAGUUAAUAAUUAUUUUAUUAUUAACUCAAAAUAUACAUUUUCAACUCAAAUAUAAACUAAUUCAAGAUAAAAUAUCUCAAAAAAGAAAACAGUUUUUCUCAUCGAAAAGAAAGAAAAACCAGAACAAAAUCCGGAAUCAAAAAAAAAGAAAACGAAAAACGACAGAGAAAGAAAAGAAUAAAGAAUAUCAGCAACAAAGUGAAACCCCCGAAACAGAGUGAGAAGAAGAAGAAGGAAAAGGAAUGAAGUAAAAACGCAAAGUGAAGCAAUAUUAGCUCCACACAGUGUGUUUUGUGAGUUUGUGUCGUUGUGGUGUGAAAGGAAAAAAGUCGGGCGUGGAUAAAAAAGAAAUUUUUUUUUACUCAAAAAAAAAAAAUUCUCUUCUCUUGUCGACGGCGAAUUAAUUUAUAAUUUUUUCAAAUAAAGUUUAUUAAUCUCUUAGCCGCAUUAUAUUGUUUUAUUCAUUGUUUUUUUGUUCUCUAAAAAAUCCCCCACAUCUCCGGGCGGCGAAUUCACAAAAAAAAAAAGGAAAUCGAAAUCUCCAUCGCGAGACGUCGAGUCAAAAAAAAAAUAUAUAAAAAUUCCCUAAAAAAAGGAAGAAAAAUAUCGAAGCAAUUGAAGUGCAAAAAAUGUACCACUCCUGUAAUUUCGCUCGUGAAAAUGUGAAAGAAAAAAACUCAAUUUUUUGCUAUUUGCGGCGAAAAUAAAUGAGAAUUUUUUUUAAAUAAUUUUCUGUAAUUCCGUGUGCUUUUUUCAUAGAAUCUUUGUCUAAAAAGGAAUUUCUUAUGAAUAAUUUAUAGAAAAAAAAGAAGUUUUAAAAAAUAAAAUAGAAUAAGAAUCGUAAAGAGGAAUUUUAUACAUAUACACGACGAGUUGAGUUUUUAGAGAAAGGAAGAGAGAGAAGAGUGGUGACAGUAAAAAGGGCAUAAAUAGAGAGAGGAGGCCGCUAAAACAUUAAAAUUGAAGUUGAGAAGAACAAACACAAAAGCAAAAAGCAGAAAAUAAUAAAUCAAAAUGGCGCACCAACUGGCCCCAUCCGUGAAUUGCUCGUUAGACGAUAUCGAUUUGAAUGCUUUAAAGGAUCCUGCUGGAAUAUUUGAGCUAAUCGAAGUCGUUGGUAAUGGAACCUAUGGCCAAGUGUACAAGGGACGACACACAAAAACUGGACAAUUGGCUGCCAUUAAAGUAAUGGACGUUACCGAAGAUGAAGAAGAAGAAAUCAAGCUAGAAAUUAACGUGCUUAAAAAAUACUCAAAUCAUCGUAACAUUGCCACAUACUAUGGUGCAUUCAUAAAGAAAUCUCCUCCAGGAAAAGAUGAUCAACUAUGGUUGGUUAUGGAGUAUUGUGGUGCCGGUUCUGUAACUGAUUUGGUAAAAUCAACAAAAGGACAGAGUCUCAAAGAAGAAUGGAUUGCGUAUAUAUGUCGUGAAAUAUUACGCGGUCUUAGUUAUUUGCAUUCGAAUAAAGUUAUUCAUCGUGACAUUAAGGGUCAAAAUGUACUCCUUACAGAUAAUGCUGAAGUCAAAUUGGUUGAUUUUGGUGUAUCAGCUCAGUUAGAUCGAACGAUAGGCAGAAGAAAUACAUUUAUUGGUACUCCUUAUUGGAUGGCUCCUGAGGUUAUUGCAUGCGAUGAAAAUCCAGAAGCAACUUAUGACAACCGAUCAGAUCUCUGGUCAUUGGGUAUUACGGCAUUGGAAAUGGCCGAAUCACAACCACCACUUUGUGACUUGCAUCCAAUGAGGGCUUUGUUCUUGAUUCCACGCAAUUCACCACCAAGACUUAAAUCUAAAAAAUGGUCUAAAAAAUUUCAUGGAUUUAUCGACACGGUUCUUGUGAAAGACUAUCAUCAGAGGCCUUACACAGAUCAGUUAUUAAAGCAUGCAUUCAUUAAAGAUCAACCUACUGAUCGACAAGUGCGAAUACAACUCAAAGAUCACAUUGAUCGUUGUAAGAAACGAAAGCAAGAGAAAGAACGCGAAGACUAUCCUUACUCUGGUUCGGAUAAUGACGAGGAAGAACCCCAGAUUGCCGGUGAGCCAAGUUCCAUUAUCCAAGCGCCAGGUGGAGACACUCUGCGUCGUAACUUCCAACAAAUCCAAGAAGGACGAGUGGGUGCAAAUGAAGUUCAGCCACAGCCGCAGGCUAAUAGAAAUCAAAAACCGCAAUCUCGUGAUCAACGUCAGCAGAUUGAAGAGCCAGGUCCACCUUCGCGACCGGCAUUGCCACAACGUUUGAUAGUCGUUCCAGAUCCCCCACAACAUGCCAAUCGUCCCCUGCCGCCGACUCCCAAAGGUUCCGGCUCUUCACCACAAUCCCAACAGCAGACACCCCAGCAACAGCAGCGCAAUUCUCAAAAUAUAUUCAAGCCAAUGCUUCCACCGAGGAGACCUGAGGAUUUGGACAUGUUAGCUGCACAAUUAAAUGAAUUGGGCGUCUCUCAACAGUCACAGCAAAUGGUCUCCGCUGGACAACAACAGGCUCAACCCGAAGCACCGCCAAGAAAUAAUCGUCAAUCGUCGGCUUCCGUGACAUCAUCAUCAUCUGCAUCGGCACAACAACAACAACAACAAUUGAAACCGGCACCAGCUCCUCCAGUUGUGAAUAAUCAUCAUGUGCCGGUGAAUCCAUUAGAUCCGAUUGAUGACAGUGAUUCGGAUAGUGAGCCAGAGGAACCGAAUGAACGUGGCCGCAACGAUGGUACAUUGCUUGCAAGUGAUCCACCUAAACCACUACCCGGCCUUGGACCAGUCUCAGAGGAUACAACCAGUCCCCCGGCUUCUCAUGGUAUUGGAGGUCCACCCAAUCGCCCACUGCCCCCAACACCCGAUGACGAUGAUCAAGCUGGUGAUCGAACUCUAAUCAUGAAAAGGAAACUAGAAAAUCAAAAACAAAAGCCAGCCAACACCGCCGCAACACAAGGUCAAGCUACCGGAAGAAAUGAAGCCGAAGAAUCAGUGCUCCUUCGUGACUGGGACAUCGAAAAAUUCUUUCCAAAUCGUGGUGCAAGUUUAAAUCGUUCGAAUACAAGUACAUUAAAAUCUGAUCAAAAGAUGGUAAUGCAUCGUAGUAGCAUCUCAGAAGUGCCUAAUAAUGCAGCAGCAGCUAGAAAAGCUGCAGCUAUAUCAGCUCCAUUAACCAGUAUUUCAACCUCUGCAAUCUCUGUUGUAACGUCUUCCUCUUCAUCUUCAUCACCUGCUCAAAGAAAACUAUCACAACCAAUGCCAAAUAGAUCAAACACAUCAUCAUCAACAACAACUAACAGUGCCUUAACAAAUACACCAAAAAAUAGUAACAAUAGUGCCGUAAAUAACAAUAAAAAUCACAAAAGACAAGAGUCUGAUUCCAAAUUGCCAAUGAAUUUCGUCCGAGGCUUCCGCAGAGAGAAUUCUGAUUUCUUUCCACUCACAAAACGUCAUUCGGCUGUUCUUGGUGAAAGAAUGGCAAAUAAUGGCAGUGGUGGUGGAAUUGCACCAAUAAAUAAUAUAAACAGUAAUACUCCAUUACAACAACGUGCCAGUGCGUUAUUCCAACGCAGUACGAAUAUGUUUAGUAAGAGUGACGAUAAUAAUAAGGCCAAGCCUGAAUUAAAAUCACUUAAAAAAUCUGAAAGUAAUAAACAAAUAAAUGUUUCACCCCAACAACAACAAAAUCAACAGCAACAGUCGAUAGUUAAUCAAAACCAAAAAUCCGAACCAACUAAAUCGAGUUGGAGCAGUAGCUUAACCGGAAGAAAUCUAGACUUUUUAAGGCCUCGACGUGAAAAGACUGAAUCGGUUAUAUUUUUGCAAAACUAUGCGGCCAGACAACAAUUGAUUAUGGCUCAGCAGCAACAACAGCAGCAGAACCGAAGCGGAGAGAGUAGUGGCUUGGGUACUCCUGGAACUCGAACGAGUAGCGUUUUGCCAGACUUACUUAGUCAAGCAUCGCCAGCAACUCCACCACGCCAUGAUAAAUCCUCCAGUGAAGAGUAUCGAGCGGCCGUUAGUUCAUCAGUCCAUUCCACACCUUCCAAGUCGUUUAUCGCGUCGAAUAGUUCGCCACAAUCGACUAUUUCGUCGUCGUCACGACAAAAUAGUCCAAAUCAUUCGAUUACAAAAACUAGAUCGAGUAGUAGUAUUAAUAAUUGUAAUAAAUCUAUAUCACCACCUUCACUUCCGCCCCAUGCCUAUGCUCUCCAACAGAAACAAAGGAGCUUCCUCACUUUCGGAUUUGGUGCCGGCGGUUCGGGUGGAUCCCGUCGGGAGAGUCAUGUGAAUGUCAAUGUGACACCAACGUCGCAUGACGCCUCAAGUGACACUCCUGAAAUUCGAAAAUACAAGAAGCGUUUCAAUUCGGAAAUUUUGUGUGCUGCAUUGUGGGGUGUCAAUUUGCUGAUAGGAACCGAGAAUGGUUUAAUGUUGCUCGAUCGAUCGGGACAAGGAAAGGUCUAUCAAUUGAUCUCUCGUCGCCGAUUCCAACAGAUGGAAGUUCUCGAAGGACAGAAUAUCUUGGUAACAAUAUCUGGAAAAAAGAAUCGUGUUCGUGUGUAUUAUCUUUCAUGGUUAAAGUCAAAAAUCCUUAGAACCGAUGGUCUGUCAGACCAAGUAGAACGACGCAAUGGUUGGAUUAAUGUCGGAGAUCUUCAAGGUGCUGUACAUUUCAAAAUAGUUAAAUACGAAAGGAUUAAGUUCCUAGUGAUUGCAUUAAAAGACUCGAUUGAAAUUUAUGCGUGGGCGCCAAAGCCUUACCAUAAGUUCAUGGCAUUUAAAAAUUUUGGUGAACUUGAACAUCGUCCUCUGUUAGUGGAUCUUACAAUAGAAGAUCAAUCCAGAUUGAAAGUUAUUUACGGCUCAGCCGAAGGUUUCCAUGCUGUCGAUCUGGACUCUGCUGAAGUUUAUGAUAUCUAUCUUCCUAAACAUACUCAGGGUGCAAUCAUACCGCAUUGUAUUGUAGCGCUUCCAAACUCUAAUGGAAUGCAAUUACUUCUUUGCUAUGAUAAUGAAGGAGUUUAUGUGAAUACAGUUGGUCGAGUAUCGAAGAAUAUUGUUUUGCAGUGGGGCGAGAUGCCAACAUCAGUAGCUUACAUCGGUACGGGACAAAUUAUGGGCUGGGGCAAUAAAGCAAUUGAAAUUCGUUCAGUUGAAACCGGUCAUUUAGACGGUGUGUUUAUGCACAAAAAAGCUCAACGUUUGAAAUUCCUUUGCGAAAGGAAUGAUAAGGUGUUCUUCAGCAGUGCCAAAGGUGCUUCAUCGUGUCAAAUAUACUUUAUGACACUCAAUAAGCCUGGUAUGGCUAACUGGUAGAUAAGCUAAGUCUUAAGAAAAUCGAAAAACAAAAAUAAAAAAAACACAACAUAUUCAGAUUUAAAAGAAAGAAAAGAAAAUAAUAAAAAAAACUACAAAUAAAGAGCAAAAGAAAAAUAAUUACAGAAAAAGAAAAAAAAGUAAACACAAAAAGCAACAACAACAAAGUUAUAAAACUAAUUUAUAUUAUUAAACGCAUUUUUUUAUUAAAAAAAAAUAUUCUUAUAAUUAUGAUUACUUAUUAUUAAAAAAAAAUAUAAAACAAAAAAAAUUAUAUAUAUUAUAAAAGUGAGAGUGCAAGAGAAAAAAAAACCACAAAAAGAAAAUAGAAAGAAAAAAAUAAAA